AAUGUAACAGUUUGGAAACGGAGGGGAGUUGCGAAGGGCGCGGGCUGGGGGUCGCGCUGCCGGCCUCGUGGGGACGUCUGCUGCCGCGUUUGUCCCAGAGCUGGGGGCACAGGAGCGGAGGCAAGAGGGACACAAUGGCAGCCACGGUCAGGAGGCAGAGGUCGAGGCCAAGGAGGCUAGCCUGUUGGGCCUUGAUGGCUGUGCUCUUGGCAGACCUGUUGGCACUGAGUGACACGUUGGCAGUGAUGUCUGUGGACCUGGGCAGCGAAUCCAUGAAGGUGGCCAUCGUCAAACCUGGAGUGCCCAUGGAAAUUGUCUUAAACAAGGAAUCCCGGAGGAAAACCCCAGUGACUGUGACCCUGAAAGAAAAUGAAAGAUUCUUUGGAGACAGUGCAGCAAGCAUGGCUAUCAAGAAUCCAAAGGCUACGCUGCGUUACUUUCAGCACCUCCUGGGCAAGCAGGAAGAUAAUCCCCAUGUGGCCCUUUACAGAGCCCGUUUCCCAGAGCAUGAGCUAGGCUUCGACCCACAGAGGCAGACUGUGCACUUCAAAAUCAGCCCGCAGCUGCAGUUCUCACCCGAGGAGGUACUGGGCAUGGUUCUCAAUUACUCUCGUUCCCUGGCUGAAGAUUUUGCAGAGCAGCCCAUCAAGGAUGCAGUGAUCACCGUGCCAGCCUUCUUCAAUCAGGCUGAGCGCCGGGCCGUGUUGCAGGCUGCCCGCAUGGCCGGCCUCAAAGUGCUACAGCUCAUCAAUGACAACACUGCCACUGCCCUCAGCUAUGGGGUCUUCCGCCGGAAAGAUAUCAACACCACUGCCCAGAAUAUCAUGUUCUAUGACAUGGGCUCGGGCAGCACUGUGUGCACCAUCGUGACCUACCAGACAGUGAAGACGAAGGAGGCGGGGAUGCAGCCACAGCUGCAGAUCCGGGGAGUGGGGUUUGACCGCACCCUGGGGGGUCUGGAGAUGGAGCUCCGGCUGCGUGAACACCUGGCCAGGCUUUUCAAUGAGCAGCGCAAGGGCCAGAAGGCAAAGGAUGUGCGGGAGAACCCCCGGGCCAUGGCCAAGCUGCUACGGGAGGCUAAUCGACUCAAAACCGUGCUGAGUGCCAAUGCUGACCACAUGGCACAGAUCGAGGGCCUGAUGGACGAUGUGGACUUCAAGGCAAAAGUGACUCGAGUGGAGUUUGAAGAGUUGUGUGCAGACUUAUUUGAGCGAGUGCCUGGGCCUGUGCAGCAGGCCCUGCAGAGUGCUCAAAUGAAUUUGGAUGAGAUUGAGCAGGUGAUCCUGGUGGGCGGGGCCACUCGGGUCCCCAAAGUUCAGGAGGUGCUGAUGAAGGCUGUGGGCAAGGAGGAGCUGGGAAAGAACAUCAAUGCAGACGAAGCAGCCGCUAUGGGGGCUGUGUACCAGGCAGCCGCGCUCAGCAAAGCCUUCAAGGUGAAGCCGUUUGUAGUCCGAGAUGCGGUGGUCUACCCCAUCCUGGUGGAGUUCACAAGAGAGGUGGAAGAGGAGCCUGGGGUUCGCAGCCUGAAGCACAAUAAGCGUGUUCUCUUCUCCCGGAUGGGGCCCUACCCUCAACGCAAAGUCAUCACCUUUAACCGCUACAGCCAUGAUUUCAACUUCCACAUCAACUAUGGUGACCUGGGCUUCCUGGGGCCUGAGGAUCUUCGGGUAUUUGGCUCCCAGAAUCUAACCACAGUGAAGCUAAAAGGUGUGGGCGAGAGCUUCAAGAAGUAUCCUGACCAUGAGUCCAAGGGCAUCAAGGCUCACUUCAACCUGGAUGAGAGCGGUGUGCUCAGCCUAGACAGGGUGGAGUCUGUGUUUGAGACCCUGGUGGAGGACAGCCCUGAAGAGGAAUCUACUCUGACCAAACUUGGCAACACAAUCUCCAGCCUGUUUGGAGGUGGUACCACAACAGAUACUAAAGAGAAUGGUACUGACACUGUCCAGGAGGAAGAGGAAAGCCCUGCUGAGGGCAGCAAAGAUGAGCCCGGAGAGCAAGCGGAGCUCAAGGAGGAAGCUGAGGCCCCAACGGAGGAUACCUCUCAGCCCCCACCCGCUGAGCCUAAGGGGGGUGCAGCCCCUGAGGGAGAAAAGCCCGCAGAAAAAGAAAAUGGGGAGAAGUCUGAGGCCCAGAAGCCAAGUGAGAAGGGAGAGGCAGGGUCUGAGGGUGUCCCUCCAGCCGCAGAGGAAGAAAAGAAACAGAAGCCUGCGCGGAAGCAGAGGAUGGUGGAGGAGAUUGGGGUGGAGCUGGUUGUUCUGGACCUGCCCGAUUUGCCCGAGGACGAGCUGGCUCGCUCGGCGCAGAAGCUUCAGGACUUGACACUCCGAGACUUAGAGAAGCAGGAGCGGGAGAAAGCUGCCAACAGCUUGGAAGCUUUCAUCUUUGAGACCCAGGACAAGCUGUACCAACCUGAGUACCAGGAAGUGUCCACCGAGGAACAGCGUGAGGACAUCUCUGGGAGACUCAGUGCUGCUUCCACCUGGCUGGAGGACGAGGGCUUUGGGGCCACCACAGUGAUGUUGAAGGAGAAGCUGACUGAGCUGAGGAAGCUGUGCCAAGGGUUGUUUUUUCGGGUAGAAGAGCGCAAGAAGUGGCCUGAACGGCUGUCUGCCCUCGAUAAUCUCCUCAACCAUUCCAGCAUAUUCCUCAAGGGGGCCCGGCUCAUCCCCGAGAUGGACCAGAUCUUCACUGAGGUGGAAAUGACAACCUUAGAGAAAGUCAUCAAUGAGACCUGGGCCUGGAAGAAUGCAACUGUGGCUGAGCAGGCCAAGCUUCCCGCCACAGAGAAGCCCGUGUUGCUCUCAAAAGACAUUGAGGCCAAGAUGAUGGCCCUGGACCGCGAGGUGCAGUAUCUGCUCAAUAAGGCCAAGUUUUCCAAGCCCCGGCCCCGGCCCAAGGACAAGAAUGGGACCCGGGCAGAGCCUCCCCUCAAUGCCAGUGCCAGUGACCAGGAAGAGAAGGUCAUCCCUCCACCAGGCCAGACUGAAGAUGCAAAGCCCGUUUCAGAACCUGAGAAAGAGACUCAAUCUGAACCAGCAGACGCUGAACCUCUGGAGUUAGGAGGUCCUGGAUCAGUAGAAUCUGAACAGAAGGAGCAGCCGACAGGACAGAAGCCAACUUUGAAGAAUGAUGAACUAUAACCCCCACCUCCCGGUUCCCCAUUCAUCCCCACCCCCUUCUCCUACCACCUCUAUUUAUUAAACAUCGAGGGUUGCGGGGAGGGGUUGGUCCUGCCCUCAGAGGCUUAAGUUCCUUUUCUCUCACCUGUGGUUGGCGGUGUGGAGAAAGGGGAAGGAUGGGACAGCUCACCAGUUCCUUCUGGAGUAGUUCUGUGGUUAAAACUGAAAUUGUUCUGUUCCCUAAUCCCACCCCUGGUUCCCUACUCAUCCAGGCCCUAACUUGGGAAAAAUCACUAUUAUGUCUUAAUGCGUUGCCUGUGGGUAGGUGAAAGAAUGGCCGUCAGUGGUUGACAGACCUGAUGGUGGGAAGGAUGUCCUGGGGUGUUACUCUCCAGUCUUCUCUGGUCAUCCUUCCUUCUCUCCUUUCCUCUUCCACCAAGAAAUCAGUGUCACACAGGGGCCAGUGUCUACAGAGCCUUGGUUACCAGGUUUGGUUUCUGAGUGUCUAUCUCUGCUCUUUCCUCCUCCCAGAUCUCUUUCCCUAAAACCCCUGUCCCCGUCUGACUCCUUCUCAUGGGUUUCCUUAGAUUCCUGUUGCAAGUUGGGCAGUUCUCUGCCUCUUGUGCAAAGCCCUUCCAUCUGGACCAGCUGAAGUAAAGCUAGAUUGAUUCCCACCCUUACGUACAACCCCUGGUGGCCAGAGUAGGCAAGGAGAAAGUGAAGAAGGGAAUCCAGCCACCUCUCCAGGGAGUGAGACGUGUGAAAACCCUGUAGCUCCCGUCUGUGGACUCUUGGGCCCAGGAAGGCUGUGUAGAGUGGCUGGCAUGGGAUGCCAGCGUCCUGCAAGCACUGUCAAAAUCUGCAUCUUCCCAGUAGCUUGGUACCCCGUAUCCCUUUGACUGCCCCCUUCUCUCUCCUGCUGUCCUGCCCUCCCAGACAGAGCCUUUCCCUGGCCCUCUGGGCUGACCAAAAUGUGCUUUCUACUGUGAGCCCCUAUCCCAAGACCCUGGGGGAAGGAGAGACCAUGGUGUGAAUGUAAAAAUGCCACCUCACUCUCUUCGAGGCAGGCCUUGUGGUGAAGGAAGAGGGGACGUGCUGGCCUUCCUUUCAUGCAUUGCUCUGCUAGGAUGGGGCCUUUUGCCCACCAUGCUGAUGUCGGGGAGCCUGUCCUCCAGUAUUCUGUCUGUAGCAGGAGCCAGGGCUGCCACCCAGCCCCCUGGGCAAGGGCGGGCCUGGUUGUGUCUGUCUUUUGUCUUUUUUUCCUCUUUUUUUUUUUGCCACAUUGGCAGAAAUGAGGCCUAAGGGUCCCACCCACUCCUGUAUGUUUGAGUUCUUUUGCUAGCAGUUGAGGCUGGUUGGACAGGUUUGAGUCAAAUUGUACUUUGCUCCAUUGUUAAUUGAGAAACUGUUUCAAUAAAAUAUUCUUUUCUACA